UGUUUAGUCGGUGAAACGGCUCCAAUUCAACGAUUAAAACAUCUAUGUAAUUAAAGAUGCGACACGGACGAACGGUGAACUAUCGGUAACGUUCCACGCGACGUGCAGCCGGCUGACGUUGCACAUGUGGCGUUAGAGUAACUUGGUUAACCUCCGUAUCCUUACGAACUCGUAACUAUUGUAUCGUUAUAUCUAACGCUAACAUAUUCGUGACGGUCUUCUCGAGAGAGGAAAAAACAGGAUGCAAAGCGACAAAUCGGAGCCGAGCGAAGCCAAGGUCGCCGGGGACGCAGAGAAGAAAGCCCUGAGCGCCGUGGGGCCGGACGGUCCCAAGCCGAAAGGCAUCAGUGCGGUCGCGGUGCUCUGGACGUUUGGGAAAUGUCUGGGCGCCCUGCUGCCCAUCUACCUGGCCGGGUACUACCGGGUCAGCUCCAGCCUGCUGGUGUUCGGGAUGAUGGUCUACACGGGAUGGAAACAUGCCCGAGAAGCCAAGGAGACACGCCUGAGGUCAGCCAUGGAGCUGCUCAACAGCGAGGAGGAGUACACCUCCAAGCUAGUGUCCAAAAGCAAGCGAGGGCUCCCGGCGUGGGUCAGCUUUCCAGAUGUUGAGAAGGUUGAGUGGCUGAAUAAGGUGCUGCAGCAGGUGUGGCCAUUUGUUGGUCAAUACCUUGAGAAGCUGCUGGUGGAAACCAUUGCUCCAUCUAUCCGAGCCUCAAGUGCCCACCUCCAAACCCUCAGCUUUACAAAAGUGGAUAUGGGAGACAAGGCCAUGAAAGUCGUAGGGAUCAAGGCCCACACUGAGAGUGACCGAGGACAAGUCCUGCUAGAUCUGUAUAUUAGCUAUGUUGGCAAUGUAGAGAUCGAUGUUGAGGUGAAAAGAUACUUCUGCAAAGCUGGCGUCAAUGGAAUACAGCUACAUGGGAUGAUGCGGGUGAUUCUGGAGCCCCUGGUUGGAGAUGUGCCCAUAGUGGGUGCAGUCACCAUGUUUUUCAUCCAGCGGCCGAAACUGUACAUCAAUUGGACUGGACUCACUAAUUUGUUGGAUAUCCCUGGACUGAAUGUCAUGUCUGACAGCAUGAUUAUGGAUGCCAUUGCCUCCUUCUUGGUGCUGCCCAAUCGCUUAGUCAUCCCGCUGGUUCCAGGCCUGCAUGUGGCCCAACUACGCUCUCCGUUGCCCAGGGGUGUUGUACGCAUCCACCUCCUGGAGGCACAGAAUCUAGCAGCCAAGGACAACUACAUGAAAGGGGUUAUGGCUGGCUUGUCUGACCCCUAUGCCAUUUUGAGGGUUGGCCCUCAGACCUUCACCUCCAAACACUGUGACAACACAAACUCUCCCAAGUGGGAAGAGAUCUAUGAGGUUAUAGUCCAUGAAGUGCCUGGUCAAGAGUUGGAGGUGGAGGUAUAUGACAAAGACACAGACCAGGAUGAUUUCCUGGGCAGGACCAAAUUGGAUUUGUGCAUUGUGAAGAAAUCCAUAGUUGUCGAUGAUUGGUUCACUUUGACAGAUACUCCGUCAGGACGGGUUCACUUCAGACUGGAGUGGUUGGCCUUGCUGCCUGCCACUGAUCGACUCGAGCAGAUCCUAAAGAGAAAUGAAAGCAUCACCAAUAAGACUGCUGAUCCACCUUCAUCAGCCAUCUUGGUUGUAUAUCUGGACAAGGCGGAGGCACUUCCUAUGAAGAAGGGAAAUAAAGAGCCCAAUCCCAUCGUGCAGUUGUCUGUGCAGGACACCACGAGAGAGAGCAAGACUUGUUACACAACCAUUAAUCCCGAGUGGGAGGAAGCUUUUACCUUCUUCAUCCAGGACCCUCGCAAGCAGGACAUAGACAUUCAGGUGAAGGACGCUGACCGUGUGCAGACUUUGGGCAGUCUGACCCUCCCUUUGUCCCGUCUGCUGUCCAGUUCUAAUCUUUCUCUGGACCAGUGGUUCCAGUUGGACAACUCUGGAUCUGCCAGUCGCAUUUAUAUCAACACAGUUCUCCGGGUCCUGUGGUUGGAUGAGGAACACAUUCCAUCUGAUGUGUCAUCUAAUCUGGAGUCUGGAAUGUCCAGACAGCUGCCCCAGCAGACCUCCCCUCAUCCUAGCUUUGCCACAGAGGGACUGCUUAGAAUUCACAUCUUGGCAGGACAGAACCUGGUUCCAAAAGAUAAUCUAAUGGGAGGCAUGGUAAAAGGCAAGAGUGACCCCUAUGUCAAGAUCAACAUCGGGGGCGAAACAUUCACAAGUCAUGUUAUCAAGAAUACUCUUAACCCCACGUGGAAUGAGAUGUAUGAGGUGAUUCUCACCCAGCUGCCUGGCCAAGACUUUCAGAUGGAGGUGCUUGAUAGAGACAUGGACAUGAAGGAUGAUUUCAUGGGAAGGCUGAAGAUCAAUCUGAAGGAUAUCAUCGAUUCACAAUUCACUGAUCAGUGGUACACUCUCAGUGAUGUGAAGUCUGGUCGAGUUCACCUGAUACUGGAAUGGGUAACGGCAGCCUCAGAGUCAGACAGAUUGGACCAGGUUCUUCAGUUCUAUUCCAGGCAGUCCUACCAAAACAAGGCGGUUCCCUCAGCAGGCCUUCUGUUUGUCUUCAUUGGGCAAGCAGAUGGGUUACCAGUUAAGAAGAGUGGUAAGGAACCAAAAGUAGGAGCAGAGGUUACUCUAGGAGAAAUGUCCCGAAAAACAACAGUGUGUGAUCGUACCACAUCGCCGCAGUGGGAUGAGGCAUACUGCUUCUUGGUUCGGAACCCCAGAGAAGAUAUUCUCGUUGUAAAGCUCUCCCACAGCUGGACAUUGCCCAUUGGUUCCCUGGUGGUUCCUAUCAGAGAGCUGCUCUCUGAACCAGAGCUGGUCCUGGACCAGUGGUUCAAUUUGGAUGGAGCCUCACCUCAGAGUCGGAUUCUUCUGAGGGCUGAACUGAAGAUGCUGAUUCCGAGCAAAUGUCCGGGUACCACUGAUAAGGCUAUUAUCACGUCAGCAUCAGAGCCUUCCCCUGAUCUGAGAAAACAGGAAAUAGACACGGUGCUUAGGUCAAGUUCAGUGGACGUUCCUCCUGUGGAGACUAUCGCCUCCUCAGUGACCUUGCAUGAAGAUGUUGACAAAAAGGAAAUGUCAGCUGAUGUGACUGAAGAGAAGGUGGAGGAACUACCAAGCCCUGCCAUAACACAACCUCCUCAUACUUCCCCAGACCUCAGCUUUGCCAGUGAGGGGCUGCUAAGAAUCAUCCUGUUGGAAGCCCAACGUCUGGUUGCCAAAGAUAACAUGAUGGGUGGUAUGGUGAAGGGCAAGAGUGACCCCUAUGCCAAGAUCAAUGUCGGAGGAGUUGAGUUUGUGAGUAAUGUGAUCAAGGAGAAUCUCAACCCAGUCUGGAAUGAGAUGUAUGAGGUGGUGCUGAGGCCUCUGCCAGGACAAGAGGUGCAAGUAGAUCUGUACGACAAAGACAUGAGCAGAGAUGACUUCCUGGGCAGAUCCAAAAUCAGUGUGGCAGACAUCAUUCGUUCCCAGUACACAGACCAGUGGUACACCCUAAAUGAGGUGAAGUCUGGACGUGUUCACCUGAUACUGGAGUGGGUACCAGCUGUUUCACAUAAUGACCCCCUGGACCAAGUGAUGCAUAUGCAGUCUCUACAGUCUUUCCAGAACAAGGCUGUUCCCUCUGCUGCCCUACUCUUUGUUUAUGUCGACAGAGCACACUCGCUGCCCUUUAAGAAAAGUGGAAAGGAGCCCAAGGCUGGGGCCGAGCUGGUGUUUGGUAAAACAUCCUACAAAACCAAGAUAUGUGAUCGCUCCAGAUCCCCUCAGUGGGAUGAGGCGUUCUACUUCCUUGUUCGCAACCCCAGAGAGGAGAUGCUCAUAAUAAAAUUGUCGAGCGCAUGGGACCAGCCAAUGGGAUCUAUUGUCGUCCCUGUGAGAGCGCUGCUGUCUGAACCACAGCUGCUCUUGGACCAGUGGAUGCCUUUGGAUGGAGCCUUACCUGAAAGUGAGAUCUUACUGAGGGCUGAACUCAAGGUCCUGAGCUCAAGGAUGGCUGAGGCUCCACCGCCUCCUGUGAUUGGUUCAAAGAAGGAAGAGACGGUUAUUCGAUCAGCCAAUGAGGACAAACAAAGCUCAGAACUGACAAAAGAUGAAUCGUUUGCGGUAUCCAGCCAGUUUAAACACUCUGAGGCAGAAGAUGCUGCGGCCUUCACAGAAGAUGCUGCGUCCUUCCCAGAAGAUGCUGCGUCCUUCCCAGAAGAUGCUGCACCCGCUGAACCAGCUGUCAUUCACACUGCACCCGAUACAUUCCCUGCAGUUGCAGCAUGUUGCCAGCUGGUGGAGGAGCCAACUGAUCUAGAAGAACAUCCCAAGCAUUCAGACAGAGACUUUGAACCACAGCAAAGGACCACAGGGGGCACUGGUUUAGGCAACCUUGCUCAAGCCACAGUGACUAGUCUUCCCGCUGACACCCUGGGGCCAGCAGAGGUCACAGAAAUCCCCAAAGCUGGGGAAGUCCUCCAACCACACACAACUCCCACCCAGGACUUUGGUGAAGAGGGGCUGCUGAGGAUUCACUUGCUAGAGGCCCAGAAUCUGGUUGCCAAGGAUAACCUGAUGGGGGGCAUGGUGAAGGGCAAGAGCGACCCCUACGUCAAGAUCAACGUAGGGGGAGUUACAUUUAAAAGUCUUGUCAUUAAGGAGAAUCUCAACCCAACAUGGAAGGAAAUGUAUGAGCUGGUUUUGAGUGGGCACAGUGUCCAGGAGAUCAAGUUUGAAGCAUUUGAUAAGGAUUUCGAUUCUGAUGACUUCCUUGGCAGAUUCAGCAUUAAGCUAAAUGAGGUCAUCAGAUCCCAGUACACAGAUCAGUGGUACAGUCUGAAUGAUGUGAAGUCUGGUCGGGUCCACUUGAUACUGGAAUGGGUUCCUACUGUGUCACAUUCAGUCAGCCUGGACCAGGUGCUGCAGCUUCAAUCUCUCCAGUCUUAUCAAAACAAAGCCGUCCCCGCUGCUGCUCUACUUUUUGUUCAUUUGGAGAGAGCACAUUCAUUACCUUUGAAGAAGAGCGGAAAGGAACCCAAAGCAGGAGCUGAACUCGUUUUGGGGGAAACAACCUACAAAACCAAACUGUGUGAGCGCAGCUCCAAUCCUCAGUGGAAUGAGUAUUUCUACUUCCUGGUCCACGACCCUACACAUCAGAUGCUUGUAGUAAAGUUGUCCAGUGGUUGGGACCAGCCAAUGGGAUCACUGGUGAUUCCUGUGAAGGAGCUGCUUGCAGAGCCACAGCUGGUCCUGGACCAGUGGUUCCAUCUGGAUGGAGCCGCAUUUGAGAGUCAGAUCCUGCUGAGGGCUGAACUCAAGGUUCUGCAUUCCAAAAUGGUGGAUAUGAUCAGCGCAGGGCCUCUGCCGUGUGCUGCCUUUGGAUGUGGAUCUGGACAGGUGAAGUUGUCUCUUUCUUAUGCCUCGCAAGAGAGACAACUCGCCGUCAUCGUCCAUGCCUGCAGAGGUCUGUUGUCUCAAAGUAAGGAUGGCGUAGACAGCUAUGUGUCCCUCGUGCUGCUGCCAGACAAAAGCAAGGCCACCAAGAGGAAGACAGCGGUAAAGAAAAGAGACCUCGACCCAGAAUACAAUGAGAGGUUUGAGUAUGAUCUGUCUCUGGAUGAACUGAGGUUCAAGCGCCUCAGUGUAUCAGUGAAGAAUAACUCGGCCUCGUUCAGGAGCCGGGACAUCAUUGGACAGGUGCAGAUCGAGUUGGCCCAGGUGGACCUGGCUGCUGGUGUCACAGAAUGGUACACCCUGAAAGAUGAAGCUGAAUAGUCAUUCUGCUCAUGAGGGUCAAAGGACAAUAAUGAUGUCGCCACUCGACCUGGCACUGCUGUAACUCACAUGGAUGCCUUCUCCUUCCCACCUCUGCAUACAGUACCACGUGGCAGCCUUACCUGCAAUCACCCGGCUCUCCAUGUAUUACCAUAUAGUAUAGAAUUGCACUGUAUCGUCACAUCAACAAUAAACCAAAGAUAAGUCGGCUGAUGUAGCUGAGUUGGCAAGGACAGAGUGAAAGUUCAUAUUGACUGAAGGAUACUUUACUAUAUGAAGAGAUAAAUGUUUGUAGAUUUAGUUGAGCUUGUGCAAAAAUAACAGAUUCAGAAGGAAUGAAGUCAUAUAUAGUUGUUUUGUUUGUUUUUCUUGGUGCAUGAAUGUUUUACAUCCGAGACUAUCUUGAAGUGCAGUUUUUUUGUUUUAUGACGGGCUUACAUUGAAGUUAUGUUUCACAGCACCUUGCUAUGUUUGUGUUUGAAAAUGAUUUUUAUAAGAUUGUCUUUUUUUAUUUUACAAGACAUGUAUUUGUUGCACCAUUGUCACAAUUAUUUUAGAUGUGUAUAUUUGCAAAUUAUUUUGAUCAGAUCCAAUAUUGUUUGUUGAAUUAUUGUAUGACAAAAAUAAACACAUUUUACACAUCUCA